AUGAAGUUCUACGCUGCUGUCAUUCUACUAUUUGCCCUAACAUCACCGGGCUUGGCGAAAAUAUUCAAUCGUUGUUCGUUGGCUCGUGAAAUGUUUCGAUUGGGUGUACCAAAAUCUGAAUUACCCCAAUGGACUUGUAUUGCUAAACAUGAAUCAUCAUUCAAUACAGCCGCUAUAGGUCCAGCCAAUACGGAUGGUUCUCAUGAUUAUGGCAUCUUUCAAAUAAAUAGUCGUUAUUGGUGUCAACCACCGAAUGGUGGACAUUCUACGAAUGGUUGUGGCGUUCAGUGUCGUGAUUUGCUUAGCGAUAAUAUUAGUCGUUCGGUAAGCUGUGCCCGAAAAGUAAAAUCGCAACAAGGUUGGAAAGCCUGGGCAGUAUGGGAAAAAUGCAGUGGUAAAUUGCCCAGCAUUGAUGAUUGUUUUAAAUAA